CCAAUACUAAUGCAUGUAACUCUACGCAAACUCGAUAUGGCAUAGUUUUGCAUGAACCUAGUGAGAUCAGGCAUCACCGUAAAAGAAACCCACCGUACUCUUAACAGUUACGUACGACUACUGUCCAUGAUUCUAUCACUGAGAUUCCAAGAUUUGUAGAGUUCUACAUUGUUCCUAUAACUGUUCUUCAUUAUAGUAUAAUCAUAUGAUCAAAUAUAGUAAGGUGAUUAAAACCGUGUCCUAAGGCCGACGUGCAAGAAACUAAGCAAAAACGUGUACCGGAUUACACGUGCCAGCUUAUAUUUCUAUACUUGUUUUCAAUUAAAAAUAAACGAAAAAACCGUUACAACGGUCAAAAGCAAGGGUGGCAAAAGAAAUAAAAUCUAAAAUAGAGACAAAGCUAACGUUUGAUGGUGUAAGAGAAAGAGAAGAAAAGAGGAGGAGGAGGAGGGUGAUGAUGAAGCUAUGGAAACGAGCUUCCGGUGCUCUCAAAGACCGGAAAAGCUUGUUCUCCAUCAGCUUCUCCCGGAGAACCUCCGUCCGUAACCCUGACCUUGACUCAGCCAUCAUCCACGCAACCUCUCACGACGACUCAUCCGUCGACUACCACCAUGCUCACCGUGUCUACAAAUGGAUCCGCUCCUCUCCUGCAAGCCUCAAGCCUCUUGUCCACUCGCUUUCCUCACGUGUUAACCGGACAAGAAGCUGGAUCGUUGCCUUGAAAGCCCUAAUGCUCGUCCACGGUGUCCUUUGCUGCAAAGUCCCCUCCCUUCAAGAGAUACGUCGCCUCCCUUUCGACCUCUCGGACUUCUCAGACGGUCACUCCCGUCCCAGCAAGACAUGGGGCUUCAACGCAUUAGUACGAGCCUAUUUUUCGUUUCUUGACCAGUACUCUUUCUUUUUAUCCGACCAAAUACGUUCCCGGAAUAGAAAACCUCAGGUAGAUUCUGUUAACCAAGAGCUCGAAAGCAUCGAGAAGCUUCAGACUCUUCUCCACACCCUUCUCCAAAUACGUCCAAUGGCUGACAACAUGAAGAAGACGCUUAUUCUUGAAGCUAUGGACUGCGUAGUGAUUGAGAUUUUCGACAUAUAUGGUAAAAUCUGUAGCGGUAUAGCCAAGCUUCUAAUUAAAAUCAGUCCAGCUGCUGGAAAAGCAGAAGCUGUGAUGGCUCUUAAGAUUGUAAAGAAGGCUACAUCUCAAGGAGAAGACCUAGCUCUCUACUUUGAGUUUUGCAAAAAGUUUGGGGUCUCAAACGCGCAUGAAGUCCCAAAGUUUGUCAGAAUCCCGCAAGAAAACAUUGAGGCAAUGGAGAAAGCCAUUAAAGGAGUUGAAGAAAGAGAGGAGACAAAGGAGGAUGAGGAGGAGGUAGUAGUGGAAGAAAAGAGUAUCAUAUUAGCUGAGAGACCAGAGUUUCAGACCAUCAUAACCGAUAAAUGGGAGGUUUUUGAAGACGACUAUUGUUUCACAUGUAAUGAUAUUAAAGAAACUGAUCAACCUAGAAACUACAACGUGGAUCCCAGUUUGUUGCCUCUUAUAGUUAUCGACGAGCCAGUUUACUUGACUCACACGUUACCUGAUUUGAUUACUUUCUAAUUGCAAUUUGAUCAGGUUCUUUCUUUUUUAUUACUUUGUUCUCUUCUGUAUUUUUCUUCCUUUUUGUUGAAUAUGCGGAUGAUAAUAAACGUUAGAUAUUAUCUCAAAUUUUCCAAAUUUAUUCAGCAAUAAAAAAGGUUUUUAACA